AUGCAAUCUUUUGGUCCUCCAGAUGAGCGUCCCCUCCGAGGACUUGUGGAGUCCCGCAUUGAGGCUUAUGGGGGCCAGCAUCGGGCUUCUGCCCAGAGUACGGGCAGCAACCUCUAUGCCCGAAGAGGCCUCAUGCUGGAGCCCAGUCGCCUACGUUUCCAGGACUAUGCUUCCUCUGCCAAGGGCUCCGGCCAGACCCGAAUCCUGUCUCCCAGGAGGUUUCGAGAACCAGAGUUUGAGAAAAGGCUUGGAAGCCCCUUUGGGGCUGGCCCACCUCACUCCCCCAAACUCAAGGAAGUCGACAAAACCAAUGAGCUACAGAGGAGGCUGCAUACAUUCAGCAUGUUUGGGAUGCCCCGCCUGCCCCCUGAGGACCGGCAGCACUGGGAGAUAGGAAAGGGCAGCGACAGCGACCUGACCAUUGAGAAGUCCUGGAAGGAGCUGGUGCCUGGGCACAAGGAGAUGAGCCAGGAGCUUUGCCACCAACAGGAAGCACUCUGGGAGCUACUGACCACAGAACUGAUCUACAUACGAAAGCUCAAGAUCAUGACUGAUCUCCUAGCCGCUGGUUUGCUGAACUUGCAACGAGUAGGAAUGCUGACAGAAGUGUCAGCUGAGGCCCUGUUUGGAAAUGUCCCCAGCCUGAUUCGAGCCCACCGGAGCUUUUGGGAAGAGGUGCUGGGGCCUACUCUGGAGAAGACUCGAGCUUCUGGCCAGCCUCUGGACCCUGUCAGCCUGCAGGACGGCUUCCUGGCGAUCAGCCAGAGGUUCCAGUCCUAUGUCCAGUACUGCCUGAAAGUGAAGCAGACCAUGGCUUACGCCCGGGAGCAGCAAGACAACAACCCUCUCUUCCGUACCUUCGUGCAGUGGUGUGAGAAGCACAAACGCUCAGGAAGGCAGAUGCUGGGUGACUUACUCAUCAAGCCCCACCAGCGCAUCACCAAGUACCCACUGCUGCUGCAGGCCGUGCUCAAGAGGACCCCUGAGGCACAAGCCCGCCAGGCUCUGAAGGACAUGAUAACAGCUGUGGAGUCCUUCCUGCGACACAUCAAUAAGCAGGUCCGCCAGGGCGAAGAUCAGGAGAACUUGGUGGCAGCAGCCCAGCGCAUUGGGCCCUAUGAGGUGCUGGAGCCAUCCAGUGAGGAGAUGGAGAAGAACCUGCGUCCUUUCUCCAACCUGGACCUGAUGUCCCCCAUCCUGGGGGUUGCUCCUGAGCACACCAGGCAGCUGCUGCUGGAGGGGCCUGCGAAAGUGAAGGAGGGGCGAGAAGGGAAGCUGGAUGUGUACCUGUUCCUCUUCUCUGAUGUGCUCCUGGUGACCAAGCCUCAACGCAGGGUGGACAAAGCCAAGGUUAUCCGCCCCCCCUUCAUGCUGGAGAAGCUUGUGUGCCAACGACUCCGGGACCCUAACAGCUUCCUGGUGAUCCACCUCACUGACUUCCAGUGCGUCUCCAAUGCCCUCAUUGUGCACUGCCCCAGCCCUGCAGACUGUAUCCAGUGGCUGGAGAAGACCCAGCAGGCCCAGGUCACCCUGCAAAAGCUGAAGGCAGAGGAAUACGUCCAACAGAAGAGAGAACUCCUGGCCCUCUACAGGGACCGGGACCAAGAGUCGCUGAGCACCAGGCCCUCCACACCUUCCCCAGAGGGCUCUCAGAGCAGCGUGGAGAGGAGGAAUUCCGAGUUCUGCACCAUCAUCCCCCAACUGGUGGUGACGGACGACACGGAUGAAGACAUCCCCUCGGUACCAGAUGACACCUCAGACUCUGGCUACGGCACUCUGAUCCCAGUCUCCCCCAAGGAGCCCCACUCCCCUCUGAGCCGGCUGCGCCCAUGGGCCCUUCGACGGCACCCCGGCAUCACCCUCUCCGCCCUGGACCUCCGGGAUGUUACCUUGCGCCCUCAGCCUCCUGACCCCCAAGCUCUCCAGCGCCGAAGCACCCCUGAACUGCCGGGGGACGUUAUCCGAAGAGGAAGCAGCCUUCCCAGGGGAGAAACGCCCACCUGGUCCGAGGAAGAAGAAGGGACCUCGGUGGGCGGGAACGUGGUAGUGGAGACCUUGCAUAGGGCCCAGCUUCGGGGGCAGCUCCCACACUCGCCGACCCACGCGGACUCUGCUGGGGAAAGCCCCUGGGCAUCCUCAGAGGACGAGGAAGAAGAGGGGUCCUUCUUCCGAAGAUCCCCUGGCCCCCUCAGUGCUGAGGACAUGCUCAGAGAGAUCCGGAAGGAGCUGGCCAGCCAAAGAAUCGAGGGUGUCCCGGAGCCCGGGGACAGCGGGCCUCGGAAGCUGACUCGGGUUCAAUUGCAGAGGAUGCGUGGGCCCCACAUCAUACGGCUGGACACCCCCCUGUCCGCAUCAGAGGUGUGA